UUCCCGUCCGUGGCAGUUCAAGUUCAGCAAGCCAUCAGGUCGGCUAGCAAAGCGAUUCGCUUCGUUCUCCCUUGGAAAAAAAAGGCCCAAUCUCGAAAUCGAAAAUUCGGUUCGGUAGUCGCGCGCGAAUAGUCGCAAGUUCAAAAGCAUUCUAACCGUCAGCUGAUACGGAUGCACUUUUAGUCGGUGUUUUGUCGUCUAUCUUUUGAUCGGUCUCGCUUUCGGAAGUUUCACUUUUAGUUAGUUUCCUGUUUGUCUGUUUCUGGUUCGAGAAGUUUCAUAAGAGGAUAUCUCUUCUUACCCCCUGUGUAUCCGUACCCGGCGUUAUCCUUCAACUGUGUACGAUUCAUCUGCGUGCGCGAUGCGUCCCCUGGUCCGCAGUACCAGCACGAUGUCACUAGUGCCGGUGCACUACCGUAGCUGGUGGGAUGACUGGGACCUGCCACUGUACUCGCGGAUGAUGGAAAAAUCCAUCACCGAGGAAGUAAUCAGCGAUGAUCCCUUCUGGUGGCGUCAUGCCCCGAUGCCACCGCUGCGUUGGUCCAGCUUGUGGCGCCCCUGGAAGUACUUUACACUGCGCGACGUGGGCUCCCGGGUGGACUCGGACCGGGAAAAGUUCACCAUCGAAGUCGACGUCCACCAGUUUGCCCCGCACGAAGUCACCGUGAGGAAAACCGACAAGUACGUCACCAUCGAGGGCAAGCACGAAGAAAAGCGGGACGAGCAGGGUUACGUCUCGAGACAGUUCUCACGGCGCUAUCUGCUUCCAAUUGGGUACGAUGCGAACCUGGUUGUGUCGUCCCUGUCCUCGGAUGGAGUCCUUACCGUCACUGCCCCGCGAAUCGGUCUGCCAGCGCCGAAGGUGGAGAAAUUUGUUCCCAUAUGGCACACCGGCAAGCCUGCCAUUGAGGAUAAGAAUUUUCGUAUCGGAUUCUACUUGAAUUAGAUUUGUUGAGGCACCUUGCAGUUCAAGCUCGACACUCACCUUGGAAAACCGCGACAGGCACCCAAAAAUCAAAACAAGCAGAAUAGAAACAAGCGCUAGUUCCCGUUUCUGUGGUUGGUAGCACGGCACGAUGGACACGAUACACAAAAACCUAUCGGAAAAAUAUUGACAGAAAACCGAAUCGAGGCCACAUUGUGAUACACAGACAACAGAUAGCUAACCAUAAAACGCGAACCCUAACUCAUAACACACCAAAGAUCACGGCUAGGGAGGACUCUGGAAGCGCAGAGGGUCACGAUACCGUGACAUAGGUUUAGCACAUCAUCGUAGCGGAACAGAAUUAACUAUAUUCUAUCAAAGCUGGCAUGUGGCACAAAAAUGUGAUUCAAUAAUAGUGUACGUUGUAGAUGAGAAAAUUUUAUCGAAACUUAUAAUCGAUUGGUUGAAAGAUAACAGAUAAAUAAACCGUCACGUUUUCCGAAAAACAAUA